GAGCCUCUUCCUCUUAUAUCAAUUUAAGAAUCUACCCACUCUAGGAAGCAAGUCCUUCCUUUCUCACCUAACCUUUCAAUCGCCACUUACACAUCAUAAUGAAGCUUAUCGCUGUUACCAUCGCUGCUCUCUCCGUCGCCACCGUCCAGGGUGCAGCUUCAGACAAAUGGUGUAAAUUCCCCGGACAAGUAUGCGGCAAAACGAAGAGGGCCGUCGACGCUGUUGAAGAAGUGAAACGUUCUGCCGACGCCCUGGCUGAAGCCAAGUUCACUCUCAACAAAUGGUGUCAGUUCCCAGGACAAGUUUGCGGCAAGGCCAAGCGUGCCAUCGAUGCUAUCGACGAUGUCAAGCGUUCCGCCGACGCCGUUUCGGAAGCAAUGGCUUUUUUGGAUGAACUCGCCCCAGAGGAGUUCCAGAAAAUUGAGUAGAAAUUGUUUGACAAUGACCUGGUCCCAACGAGACCAGCUUUUACUUCUCUCUAUCUCUCUCUCUCUCUCUUUUUUCAUGACGCUCUUUCUCGCCUACCAGCUGCCACUAUACACAUACGUGUGAUUCACUAUACUGGGCACUCGGUUUAUCAUUCGGGGUUCUUCUCUCCUGGGUACUUUAUUCUGUAAACGAAAUCUCAUUAAGGGGGGAUAAGAUCAUAGGAGGGUGAAACGAAGCAGGGCCAAAAAAAAAAAAAAAAAAGAAGAAGAAAAAGAAAAAGAUGUUUUUUAAGUCUAAAUAUAAUCACCUGGGGACCUACUGCCAAGUCCUUUACAUAUAACCAAACUUGAGGCAGCCUGACAAUUUAUCGGUU